AUGGGGCAGGCGUCCAAGGACCUCUUCAGCAAGGGCUUCUCCACGGCGCAAGUCGUGGCGCUCUCCGCGGUGGCGCCUGGCAGCGUGUCGCUGACGACCAUGGUGACCAAAGUGCAGCAGCUCGUGAUGGGACUUGUCACCGCCACGGUUCCGCUGCCGGGGGACACGGUGUGCCAGGUUUCCGCGAGCUCUCUUGGGCAGAUCACGACGAGCGUCAAAAUCCCGGAGAUGGCGCGCGGGCUGGCAGCGACAGUGGCAGCAGAGUUCCCUCCCCGCGCAGCUGCCUCCACCAUCUCCCUCGGUCCGCCCGUGGCCACCAGCACCGCUCCAAGCCUGCCGCACGGCGUGACUCUCACACACCGCACGCAGUACUCGGCGGCGUCGGCCGGGACUACGUUCAGCACGCAACCUGUUCUCACUAGCAGCCUGGCCCUGGGUGGUGUUGGUGGCGGUGUGUGCGUGGGUGGCGAGGUGGCGUAUGAUACGGCUUCCCAGAACCUGAUCAAGUCCAAUGCAGGCAUAGGCAUGGCGCAUGGGCGCAUGUCUGCAGCUGCCUAUCUCGACAUGCAGGUCCGGGACGUGGUGCAUCUGCAGUACGCGCAGGACGUGGACGAGAAGCUGGCGGUGGGGCUGUACCUGCAGCGCGCACUCAAGGACUCGAGCAAGGACAACGUGGCGUAUGCCCUCAAGUACCAGGUGGACGACAAGACGCAGCUCAAGGGGAAGUUCAACAGCAACGGGCUCUUUCACGGCUGGCUGCAGGUGAGAAUCAGAAGAGGGGGGUAG